AAUCUCAAACAGCAGUGGAAGUAGAAGAAGAAGCACUUAGUCUCUGUUCCUGUUGGAGAUCAUGGCAAUGUCAAGCAAGAAGAAACCUCUUUCUUCAGCCUUAGUGGUCUCCACUGACUGUUCAGGAUUCAGAUCAUUCUUUCUCAAUUGUGGCAAUCAUCUUUCACAGUCCAAAACCUAUCCUCCUUCACCAGAUUCCAUCCCAAUAAUUUCAAAGCAAAGACCCUCUUCAUCAACUCCUCAAAACAAGUCUCACCAUAACCCUACUUCUCAACAACCCUCUUCAAUUUGCUCAAGAGAUGGCAGAGAAGCUGCAAGAAUCUACUGGAGAAGAGCCCAACAAUUGGAAAAUGAGCUUAUUCAACUUGAUAAGUGGCUAAAUACUGAAAAGUUACUUCGAGAUUGUCUAGACAAAAAAAAUGGGUCAUGCCCAUCUGAGCUUAAGAUGGAAAGGACUAACGAAAGUUGCUUGAGAACAGAGCUCUUGAGAAUGGCUCAUGGUGGUUACAUCUAUAGAACUAUGAGGUUGGUUACAGCCCGGCGUAAACUAGUCAUACAAUUAUCAGCGCCGGCAAUCAUUCCGGUAGAGGUCGGGUCAGACAUUUUGCAGGUUUUAAAGAGGAUGGCAUUGAUGGGGACCAACAAUCUGCAUCAAUGGUUGCUGAAAUCUUUGCCAAUGUGUGAUCUAUGUGGGGAUCAUGGAAAGAAGAUCAAUGAAAGUUCUGGAAAGGGUUUCAUGGAGACCAUUGUGUUUGAUGCCAUAGAGAAAUUUGAAAUUCUGGUUUUGGAGGGGAUGAGAAUCCAAAUGGGUAGAAAAGAAAAAGCUAAGAAGGGGAUUUGGGAGAAGAGAUUAAGGGAAUGUGUAGUAGUUGUGAUGCUAAUACAAAUGAGAGAUGAAGAGAAAGGGAAUGAAGCUUUUGGGGAGAUCAUGAUUGGACUAGUUGAAGCAUCUAUUAGGCAGGCAGAAGGAAGUGGGAUUUUCAUUGAAGGGGUUCACCUUGCAGGGUGGUUGGGUCGUGGAUUUAAAGAGGAUAAGAGGAGAGAUUUCAAGGGUGGAGAGGACUAUUUGUGGAGUGUAUCUGUAAAGGGUUGUGAAGGGAGAUGCAGUACUUUGAGCCAUUGGGACUGUGUGAGGAACCCUGAUGUUGCUUUUGCUUCUUGAAAAUAGCAAAAUAAUUGGCUUGGA